GCUGAAUUUGCUUUGAGCACACUGGUUUUGCGCGGUCCUAAUCGUGCCUCACACGCCUUUAUCACUGCGCAAAAUGCGUUGAAAACUACUGUCAUAAACACCAUUGAUCGCUGCCAUCAUUGUUUGUUUGAACUCGUCGUGAUCCUCGAGAGCAGCUGUCUCAGAGCACAGCACAGCAUAAAACAGCACAGCAUAAAACAAUGACCACGCCCCAGUGGCGCAUAAGAGACCUGCAAGAGCUGUGCGCAAGGCGCGUCGUCGCCUGCAUCUCGCAGGGCGACACCUUUUUACAGGAACAAUUACAAUACCUCCCGCCGGCGGCCCUCGAGGGGCUCUGGGCCUUUGCGGCCGAGACGGACCGCCUCACGGACGCAUUAGUGGCCGCAGCAUUGAAUCGGGAGAGUUUGCUGGACGCGGUCGAGCUGGGACGCGUCCCGCUGGGCGUGACGGAACGAGGGUUAAGAAGAGGCCUCCGCGCGCUGCCGCCCGCGACGCAGAGCAUCCGCGUCGGCUGGCCCGCGCACUUCGGGCCCUGCGAUUGGCUCGUGCAGGCGCUCUACAGCCGCUCGAAGGACGGCGCGACGCCUCUGUUGAAACUGGAGCUGCGCGCGGCGGGCCUCGGCGGCGGCCAGGGCGGCGUCGUCCCCACGCACUGGACGCGCACGGGCCAGCAGGACGCGGCCGAGGAGCGGCCGGCCCCGAAGCCGUCGUCGGCGUUGCUCGGAAGAGCGCGCGCGGCCGCGCACUCCGAGGAGGCGUGCCUCCUGCACGUCACGGACGGCGCCAUCAAGUCCAUGCUGCGGAGCGCGGCCACGGACCAGGGCGGGCUCGAGGUGCUGUCCAUCGCCGGCGCGCGGGAAGCCGAGGGCCGCUUCGCGGACGCGCUGCGCGAGCACACGGCGCUAAAAGAUUUGCGGUUCCGCGACGCGCCGCUCGUGUCCGACGACGCGGCGGCGGCGCUCGUCGAGGCCUGCGCGUCUACGUUGGAGGCGGCCGACGUGUCGCGGACGGGCGCCGGCCCGCGCUGCGCCCAAGCCUUAUCCGGCUGCGCUUUGUUGCGGCGGUGCGCGGUCGACGGCUGCGACCUGUUCGACGACGACGCGUUAGAUACGCUCCUCGCGAGUUCGGCCCUCGAGGAGCUGUCUUGUCGCCGGUGCCCGAAGCUCGCGGCCGGCGCGUGCUGGCGGUCCUGCGCGACGCUAGGAAUUCAUUUGAGGCGCCUCCGCUGCGAUCUGCGGCGGGGCGGCAUUUCAAAACUGCGCGCGCGGCGCGAGGCGGCGCUGCGCCUCAUCCGGGACGAGGACGCGUCGGACUCGGAGGAGUCGCUCGACGCGGCGACGGCGUCGACUUUAGAUGAUCUGCCGCCCUUCGACGCGUCCUGGCGCGGGACGUCGCUGGCCUUCCUCUCGUGUGCCCUCGUCGGUUUUGAUAAUACUCAAAUCCGCGAUGUCUGGCUCCAGGCGUUACUGGCAAAACUCCCGAAGUCGUUGGUGGAUCUGGACGUGCGCGGCAGCUGGGAUGGUUCCGUGAGACCACUCGCCGCGUCGCUCGAGCACGUCCAGGGCAUCCUGCCGAAUCUGGAACGGGUCGGCGGCUUCGCCGUCGCGCACGUCGUCGCCCGGCCGCCUCUCGUCUCAAAGUUCGCGUCCAUCAAGGCCCUGGACAUCGCGUGCAGCGCGCUGACGGCCCUAGAUGUGGGUGCUUUGUUGCAUACGCUAGAUACGCUGCAGACGGCGUCGCUGCGGGCGACGUCCGCGAACGCCGUCGGCGACGCGGCCCUCAAAUCGAACAUCGAGACGCUCGACUUGGAGGGUUUGAGAUUUGGUUCGUUGCUCCUCGACCGGCUGCCGCGCCUGCGCGUGCUGCGGCUGACGCGCUGCGCGGUCCAAAAACUCGGCGUGAAGCGGGCGCCUUUACUAAAUGAGCUGAACGCGGCGCAGUGCGCGGGCGCGUUCUGCGGCGUGCGGGGCGUCGACAGCUCGGCGCCCGAGCGCUUACGUUCAUUGAGGCGAUUAAGGGCGCCGUCGGACGCCUUCGCGGCGGCGUUCGCGCGAGCCGGCACGGCCCUGAAGUCCCUGACCCUGGAGGACGCGAUGGUCUCGCACGAGAAUGAUGAUGAUGACGCCGCGCGCGCGACGCUGGGCGGCGUGCUGCGAGCCAGAGCGGCUACUAGAGCAGCGUAUCUCGGCAACGAGGCGCCCCAUCUAGAUGGGCUGGUGUCGCUCGAGUUGUUGCGGGCGCGCGACUUCACGGCGAAGCACUUCGCGGCCCUGCCGCUGGCGUGUCCCGCGCUGCGGCGGUUGCGGCUCGUCGCCUGCGCGAACUGCCGCGGGACGCUGGCCUCGGACACGCAGCUGCCGCCGCCGGUGGCGUCGUCGGAUCGCCGCCUGUCGGCCACGUCGGACGGCCACUUCGGCGAGAUGACGCCCGUCAAGGGGCCCGAAGCCGAGUCCGACGACGAGCUCUUCGCGAUGGACGACGAGCGGCCCGAGCGGAACGUGUCCUUCGCGAGUCCGACGUCGCGGCGCCUCGCCUUCGACGAACCGCCGCGUGUUGAGCGGCGCUCGCCGUCGCCGGCGCGGGCGACGCCGCCGCGGCGCCAGCGGCGGCAACAUAACGGCGAGCGGUUUGAUGCGCUGCUGCAGUGCUGGGUCGGCGGCCACGCGGGCGGGAGCGGCACGCCCUCUGUCCUAAGGCGGCUGGCCGAGCCGCGGAGCGCGGAGUAUAGACGGUUCGCGAAGGUCGCCGCCGCCUUACCCGUCGACCGGCGGACGGGCCUGCCGGUCUGCGCGCGCUUUUUGGCCGGAAGAUGUUCAAGGGCGACCUGCGAGUUCGCGCACCAGCAGGGGGGCAACAAGAAGCGGGUCCGAGCCCUGUUGGAUUUACUGGACGAGGUCGAUUCCUACCGCGAGGGCGACUGGUGGGCGCCGUCGAACGGCGACGAGUCCGACGACAACUCGACGGACGGCCUGUCGCGGAGCCCGCCGUCCGUAUCUAACUCAUCGCCGUCGUCGUCGUCGCCGCGAAGUCAUGUGAAUGACUUUGGCGGGCGGGCACGGCCGCCGCUGCGCUUCGAGAACCUGGAAGCUUUGGAGCUCGACGGGUGCCGCCACGUCGACGGGCUUAUGUUGGAUGGACCGCGGUUGUUGGCGCUGGCCGUGCCGCGGUGCGACGGUCUCAGUAACCUAUCUGUCAUAGCGCCGCGAGCCACACAUUUAGAUUGCUCGGGCUGCACGCGGCUGCGCAGCGUCCCGCUGAAGCCGGGCGCGCUGCCAAUGGUCGCGGUGGCGUCGCUCGCGAACUGUCAAAGAUUAGAUGCGUCGUUCUUGCAUUCCUUCGUGGACCACUGCCGGCACCUGACCCAUUUAGAUGUGUAUGGCGCGGCCCUCGCCGAGCGCGAGGUCAAGAGCGGCUCCAAAAAGUCGAAGGCCGGGACCUUACAUUCGGACCCGACGCGCAUCAAGAAGUCGACGCGCGCCGGUUUGUCAAAACUUACGGCGGGCCGGCCCCACCUCGAGGUCGUGAAAACGCGGAAGGAGCACGAGGCGCCGCGGAACGCUACCCGUACAACUUUGGACCUGCGGCUGAGCUAGUCCUUGUUGCUUUGCUUAGACCGCACGCCCGCCCCGCGCUACGCUGUCGCCCCGAGUGUUAGCUCGGGGGCGACAACAAUGUCUGUAAAUAGUAACUUCACAACACCUAAUCGUUACUAGAAAUGG